GACACUGUGCACUACGAUACACGGUACAAGUAUCGUCUUAAUCAGCAAUAGUACAAUCGUAUUCAAAGACUUUCGCUAUUUGGUCGAUUAGAAGAGUGUCUCGUAAGUUUUCUUUGAAAAAUGUCCGUCGUUGAACAAUCUGUUGCGAGUCAAGGGAUCAUCGUUCCACCGAGUUUACCGAUCAUCCUAAAGCAAUUCUGCAAGGCAGCCAUCCGAACGCAACCGUACGAUUUACUAAAAUGGUCCAGCUCGUAUUUUCGUGCAUUGGCAGACGGCGAGGAACCACCAACGAAACUGAGGCUCGAAUAUCCACCGCCAAGUACUGCUUCCGGAUUGACGUUCGGUUUUCUUAGGAUUUUGCUACGACAAUUCGGAGAUUACAACAAAUCGUUGCCCCUGGAGAUGAUUCUACGUCGCUGGGACUGUUUAUGCUUGGAUCGACGAGAUUUGAACUUGAUCAUGAUGAUUGGAAAAUUCCGACGAAGGUGUCAGGUGAAAAAAUUCCUAGCUAUAGCGGUGGGUCUUCUAGGGUCGAGUCUCUUCGAAACGAUGAUCAUGAUUUGCGAUUUAUUCACUCACGAGCCCGAAGGUGGGUCAGCUAUGGUCCCUGUCACACUGUUCAUGGAGAUAUAUGGGUAUUUGGCAGGACUUCGAUGCGACGGUGGUGAAAGAGACUCCUCGGACGAGGAUCCAACGGAAUUCAUCAUAUGCCGCGAAUCGAACAACUCUAGAUCAUUGGCGAGCCAAGAACACAGCGAGGACAGGUUUUCCGUGGAUCGUGUUUGCUCAAUUGCGAGCCAAGACACCGAAGCGGACGUCAAUUUGGAUUUGGAGAUGGUGUCGAAGGAAGACGUCGAUUCGUCGAGAACUGAUAUAACGCCACAAUUGGGCGAGAGUUACACCAGUCGAAGAAAAAUGCUCUACGAUAAAAUGGAGCAGGAUUCUUCCAGCGAAGGAACUUUGAAAGUGGAUGGUAACAAUGAAACUUCCGGCGCAGAUGUUGAACUGAGCAGAAGAUCUCGAUCGAGCGACGAGAAGAAGUCGAACAAAAGUGAAAAUCCCUCUGGCAGCAGCACACCUGAUGGAAAUGCGAGUAAAGAUCAGAGCGUUCGCAGCGCAGAGCGUAAAGCGUCCAGCGAGAGAAGAAAAAAGAAAAUCCUGAACGCAAAGUUGCUCAAGUAUCGUCCGAAUAUCCCUGGCAUUGGACCUCGUCUUUCAGCUGAAGAAGUUGCCAGUGUCGCGAUAUGGAUGAGCGAAUGUGCAAGGAUGCAAGAAGGUAUGGUUGGUCCACGAAAUCUGCGGCAUAUGAAUUGUCCUCCUUUAGACAGACAAAUAUCGGAAUCAUGACGAACCGAUAAAUGAAUUGUUAUAAGCUGCGAAUUUCCGUUACGUCGUUUUUUUAGGGAAAAAUGUAAUUACUUUAAAGGUUUAUAAAAAUUAGAAUGCUUAAAAAUAUGUAAAAUAGCGUUUUGUUUACAAUGUUUAAAGUCACGCGUUGAUUGUUAAGCCAUUCAUGAUUAAUGGAUGUGGAACAUAUUGUUAUAAUUCUCAGUAUACAGAUAACAUAGCAUAGGGAAAUAAGAAAUACACAAUAUGAUAAUAACAUUAUUGUAUAAUAACAUUACACUUCGCUUAUUUUUAAGGUUCCCGAUUUUAUUUGACACUUGUACUUUUUAUUAACGUAAUAUUAUACAGAAUAGUCAAAUAUAAAAUGUACAAUACCGUACACAGGAUUAGCAUACUUAAAUGAUAUUAUUAUCAUAACAUUAUUGUGAGCAGUUAUUUAAUUCACAUU